AUGAAGAAAAUAAAGGAGAAAUGCCACGAAGAUAAGGAGACUAAGACGUACAAGCCGACGCUGAAAAUCAACAAUGUCAAUCAAGAACAGGAAUAUCCUGCACCAAGGGAGACCAUUGUCGUGGAAAUUCAGUCUAAGAGUCCCCAUCCGCAAAGUCAGCAAAGCACCAUAUUACCAACUGGAGAAAUUGCAGUGGUGAACACAACUACAGAGUAA